AUGGAAGUCGACUUAAAUGAUAGGGACCAGGGGCUGUUAAGAAACGACCUGGAGUUAAGUGGAAUUCCAGAGGAGAGUGGGGAGACAUUUGGUUCUGGUAUGUGUCUCCAAGCUUGGGAUCCACUAAAAGAACGAGAACUGGUCACUUGUAUGCAAGUGUGGGACAUUCGCGAGGACGCCGCAUCCCCUCCACAUCCCUCGCCUUGCGGCUGA